AAAACGCGCGAACGAAAGACGAAGAACAAGCCUGUCACAAACAAAAACUUAGUGUCGGCUUCUGAAUUAGUUUUCUGUACUAAUACUUAGUACAAUCAUGCUGUGUGAGGAACAACAUAUGUCUGUGGACAAUACACCAGUGAAGGGCUCCGGCAGCCUGAAUUCCUCAGCGUCCUCCAUCUCCAUAGAUGUGAAGCCCCUUCGCCAGAGCUGGGCCAAGGAGGUCCGCGCCGAGCUUGGACAUAGUGAUGAGGCUUCCACUUCGCUGAACAGCAGUGCUGCCAGCAGCAACGCCGACCAGGGCCCGGUAGUUGAUAAGAUGGAAGCAACAGCGGCAAAGCUAGAGCUUGUGGAAGGAGCAGAUCGUGGGAUGGCGUUUGAGUUUCUGGAUGAUGUAAAUGAGGUAAAGUUUGAUCGUCUGCUUAAGGAGGAAAAACUAAAGACCCCCUACAAACGACGCCACUCGCAGACGCCACCGACAAACGAAAACAGUCGCUCAAACAGCCCAAACAGCAGCUUGUCGUCCGCGAAUGGCGAUGCUAAUCCAAGUGCAAAUACGAAUCCUAAAAUCAAGCAUAGCCAGUUCAAGGGCCACAAGGAGGAGAAACGCGUGCGCCACAACAGCUAUACAUCGUCGACUUCCUCCUCCUCCUCGUACACCGAAACCGAUCCCGCUGUCUUGUCGCGCCGCCAAAAGCAAAUCGAUUACGGUAAAAACACGGCCGCCUAUGAGCGAUACAAUGAAAUGGUGCCAAAGGGAACACGUUCGCGUGAGGAUCCUCGCACUCCGAACAAAUACGGAAAGUACAGCCGCCGCGCCUUCGAUGGCCUGGUCAAGAUUUGGCGCAAGAGUUUGCAUUUCUAUGAUCCGCCCACACAGCGCCGCGGCGAUGCCUACUCCAAUUCCGACUCUGACUCGGACUAGGAUUAGAUGAACAGCAGUAAAGGCUUGCAGCAGGGGCGGUUAAUGUUUCAAAAGGGGUAAUAAUAAUAAUUACUAAAAAUAUAAGUACAAAUUCUAUGAAUCUAACGCAUUACAUUACCUAUUACAAGGGCGUCGUCCUGUACAUAGAAUUGUUACCA